AUGCCGUUUACCGGACAUUUGAAGUUGACCAUCGUCGAAGCCACUGGUCUUCAGCCAACUGAACUGUCACUUCGCAACUCGAUUAUUAAAAAUCCAAAUAUAGACCCUUAUGUUGACAUAUCGGUCGACGAUUCACAAGAAGUUGGCAGGACUACCGUAAAAAUGCGCACUUCUGAUCCAAAAUGGAAUGAAGUAUUCACAUGUAAUCUAAUUGACGCAAACAAUCUUCAACUGACCGUCUUUGACAAGUCAGUUUUUCCUGAAGACGAUUUUGUCGCAAACUUCUCUAUGCUAUUUGACGACUUGCCCCAACCAAGAAACGAUGCAUUUGAUUUUUGGGUGAAUCUUGAACCAAAGGGCAAGCUGCAUAUUCUGGUUCACUUGUCAAAGAAACCAGUGUUUUUACCAACAAGAGAGUUUAAAGAACGUUUUGCGUUUGGACUCGACAAAAAACGAAGAGGUGCAAUUCGAGGACGAGUUUAUCAGGUGAAAGGUCACAAGUUUAUGGCCACUGUACUGCUUCAGCCGAAGCAGUGCUCUCACUGUCGGGACUUUAUCUGGGGACUUAAGGGAUAUCAAUGUCAAGUUUGCACGUUGACUGCCCAUGAAAAAUGCUAUCUAGAGGUACUGUCAAAAUGUUUUGGAGCCAAGGAAUGCGACGAUAGUGAUAAAAAGAGAGCUUUCAAGUUGAACAUUCCACAUCGCUUUGAUUUUAACACCUACAUGAUACCUACGUUUUGUGAUCACUGCGGCUCUUUGCUGUUUGGCUUACACCACCAGGGUCUCCAAUGUGAAGAAUGCAAAAUGAAUGUGCACAAGAACUGCCUUAAAAAUGUGAAAAAUACCUGUGGCAUUGAUAUUAAACAGUUUAGUGAUGAGCUUGGCAGGUUAGGCAUCAACAAAGCAAGUGCGGAUUCUAUGGAGAAGAAAAAACCGUUUCAGUCGUCAGUGGGCUACUAUAGUAUUGAUGAUUUCAGUUUUCUCAAAGUCAUUGGAAAGGGCAGUUUUGGCAAAGUGAUGCUCGCCAAGCUGAAGAAGACUGACCAGGUUUACGCUGUGAAGGUACUGAGAAAAGACACCUUUCUACAGAAUAUUAGCUGUGAUGUGGAGUGCGCUAUGUCAGAGAAGCGCGUACUUAUUCUGGCCACGCAGCACCCGUUCCUUGUCUCACUGCACUCCUGCUUUCAGACUGAAGAUCGUCUAUUUUUCGUAAUGCAAUACGUCAGCGGUGGAGAUUUGAUGUUUCACAUGCAAAAAGCGGGCAAAUUUAAUGAGGCUCGAGCCCGAUUUUAUGCUGUUGAAGUGACACUGGCUUUGCUUUUUCUGCAUCGAAACAACGUCAUUUACCGAGACUUAAAGCUGGACAAUGUUCUCCUCGAUGCUGACGGUCACUGUAAACUUGUUGAUUUUGGUAUGUGCAAGGAAAAUGUUACCAGUAGUCGGAAGACGUCCACUUUUUGCGGCACUCCAGACUAUAUUGCCCCGGAAAUUUUGAAAGAACUCGAUUAUGGUCCAAGUGUUGACUGGUGGUCUCUAGGUGUUUUACUUUACGAAAUGAUGCUCGGACAGCCGCCAUUUCAAUCUGACAACGAGGACGACUUGUUUAAGGCAAUUCUCGAAGACUCUGUUCCAUAUCCAACGUGGCUUUCCAAACAAGCAGAUUCAAUUUUAAAAGGGCUUCUCACCAAAGAUCCAGCAACACGUUUGGGCUGUGCACAAUUUGAAGCAGACAAUGAAAUAAAAAGUCAUCCCUUCUUUCGAGACGUGGACUGGAGUGCUAUGGAAGCAAAAAAGAUAAAGCCUCCAUUCCAACCUCAAAUCAAUUCCACAUGUGAUGUGACCAAUUUCGACACAAGUUUCACUCGACAAGAGACACUUCUCACACCGACAAAUUCUGAGAUGAUCAGUUCAAUUGAUCAGGAUGAAUUCAAAGGCUUUUCAUUUACCAAUAUAUAA